AUGGAAACGUCUCCAGAAACAACCGUAGAUAUACAUCUACUACAAAGAGGCCUUCGCUCUAAGGCUUUUUGGCCACUUAAAUGUGGUGGCAAGGAAAUCUUUCCAUUUCGAAAAAUUAACGUUGUCGUUGUUGAGGCCCACAAUGAUGUAGACUCUAGUUAUCAUAAUCAGUGAACACUCAGGCUCUUACUCACAUAUACCGGGCAAUUGGAUCAAAAAAGAUCCCCUUCAUGGGACUGAAGUUGUUGCACUUCGACUCCCACCCAGACAUGUGCAUUCCACCCGUUUUAUCGUCCGUUGUCAAGUCAGAUCCCGUCGAAUUGCUGGAGUUUGUCGAUUUCCGGUGUUAAUCCAUAUUUAUACAGGAAAGUUGAAAUCCAAAGCUGGAUAAUGCCGAGUGUGUUUGCCGGCCAUAUUGACCAUGUAGUGUGGUUGCAUCCCGAAUGGUCGAAACAGUUAAAUAAUCGGCGGUCUGCCACCUAUUCCAUUGGCACUGUACGCGAUACCCAACUGUUGAGGUAACGUUUUUCUCCUGUUUUUGGAGUACGCUUUUAUCUUUUGACAGUCAUUAA